AACUCGUCUGUAAACAACGGUAUUCUUACUAUGAGAAGAAUACGAUAUUGCAACCCGAAUCAAAAGAUCCAACAUAUAUACAACAACCCAGGACAUUGGAUGUUUGAAGUCUACCAACAUCCAGCGUGAUUUUGUGCGGUUGAAUGUCAGACUCGACUCCUCAAUUCUGUUUGGAAAUUUACGAAACCAAUUGACGAAACUGAACAUGAAAAAUUCAGCAUAGAUAAGCCAAGAAAUGGCGAUCUAAAACAAAUUAGAGCGUUGAAUCAUACUGUAUUCUUUGUUUGUAGGAGUCAUGAUGGCGGAGAUGUGACUCUUCCCCGACUUCGCUGCCCCACUAACACGAUCUAUAAAGAACCCCACUAGUCAAUAGAUCUAGCCCUCAGAUUCAACACAACCACCACAUAUCUCCCAUUCCACAAACACAAUGACUCCGACAAACUCAGCAUUCGAUCUGUCCAAAUGUGCGCGACCCAACAUUCUAGCAUUGGAGCCGUAUCGAUGCGCACGAGACGACUACAAGGACGACGGCAAGAAUAUCCUUCUCGAUGCGAAUGAGAACGCGUAUGGUCCUGGCCUAACGCUUGACAACAAUGGGCAACUGUCCAACACAACGACGAACGACUCUACAUCGUCACCCGCGAUUCAGAUAGAUUUGCUUGGGCUGAAUCGAUACCCGGAUCCCCAUCAAAUAGAGCUCAAACAAGACCUCUGCAAUUUGCGCAAUACCCACGUCCACACCGACAAGACCCUCACCCCCGAACACCUUUUCGUGGGCGUUGGCUCCGACGAAGCCGUCGAUGCCCUCCUCCGUGCCUUCUGCGUCCCCGGUCGCGAUAAAAUUCUCGUGUGUCCUCCAACAUACGGAAUGUAUAGUGUUUCAGCACAAGUCAAUGAUGUCGCGCUCGUGAAGGUCCCUCUACAAAUUUCCGAUUUCCAACUCGAUGUACCGGCAAUCAAAGAAGCAUUAUCGAAGGAAUCAGACAUCAAGAUGGCAUACUUAUGCUCGCCUGGCAAUCCAACUGGAACUUUGCUGAAAAAGGAAGAUGUUAAGAGCAUACUUGAGACCGAGGGUUGGAAUGGUGUCGUGGUGUUGGAUGAGGCAUACAUCGACUUCGCGCCAGAAGGCUCAAGUCUCGCCGAAUGGGUCACCGAGUGGCCCAAUCUCGUAGUUCUACAAACUCUGUCCAAGGCAUUUGGUCUUGCAGGUAUCCGGUUGGGUGCAGCUUUCACGGAUCCAGCCAUUGCGAGGAUAUUGAACUCGCUCAAGGGACCAUACAACAUCUCGAAUCCGACCAGCCAGAUCGCGCGAGCAGCGCUGAGACCAGAGCACCUGAGCGCAAUGCAAAGGAAUAAAGAUUCGAUCAUCCAGCAGAGAAAUCGCUUAAUCAGCGAACUCCCUCAAAUACCUGGCGUUGGAAAGUUGAUCGGCGGACAAGAGUCAAACUUCCUGCUCUACCAAAUGCUUGAUGCGCCUUCUGAUCAAGGUGGAAAUCCCUCCAACGAGACAGCGCUUGCAGUCUAUGAAGGUCUUGCGGAAGAAAAAGGUGUGGUUGUUCGGUUUCGCGGUAAAGAGUACGGCUGUCUCGGUUGCUUGAGGAUAACCGUAGGCACCGAACAGGAGGUCGAUCGAUUCUUGAAGGAGAUAAAAGUAGUGCUGGAGAAUAUCCUGCGGAAAACUGGAAAGCUCGGGCCUAAAGAUGAAGAGAGGCGAGAGAAGGAGGCUAAUGCAGUCGUUGCGUGA